CAGGUGUCACAAAACCGUCUAGGGCGCCUCAUAUCCGAUUUCUUGGCGUUCUUCACAGAUCAACUUUGAAUUUGCUUAUCAGAGCCACGGCCGUUGUUGGACAUCAUGCGGACAAUCUUGGUGGCUCUGCUCCUUUGCGUGACAACGAUAUUCGCUCAGCAGCCAACUCUCCCCAACGUCCCUGGCCUUUCACUCAAUGACAACCCCCCAUGCGCUGUCGCUCGGAUCGUUUUGUUUGCGGUGCUCCCAACGCUCGCCAUCAUACUUCGGCUGAUAACGAAAUUUGCCCGGCUAUCACUAUGGGGUUGGGAUGACUACACUAUUAUUGUGGCAUACAUUCUGCUUGUGGCAUAUGUUUCCCUGCACGUCUUCCUCGAAGAUAACGGUGCCGGUAGAGAUCUGUGGACUCUCAGCGACUUACAGAUUACCCACUUCUUCAAGGGCUUCUACGCAUUACAAACUUUGUACCAUGGCUGCAUCGACAUCAUCAAGGCAUCGAUUCUCUUCAUGUACCUUCGAAUUUUCCACCUGCCCGGCGAAAAGAUUACCAUUGCGUUGUGGGUAACUCAGGUCCUCAACCUCAUGAACGGCAUCAUCUUCAUCUUUGUCGGUCUUUUCCAAUGCAACCCCAUCAGUCUUGCAUGGGCAUUUUGGACAGGAGAUGCGACUGGAAAGUGUAUCGACAUCGUCUACCUCGCGUUGGCACACGCAGGUAUCAACAUUGCGCUGGACGUUUGGAUGCUCAUUCUUCCCCUAACACAAGUUUGGGACAUGAACCUGGCUCGCCGCAAGAAGUUUGCAAUCAUGUUCAUGUUCAGCCUUGGUCUGUUUCUCACGGUCGUAAGCUGCAUCCGCAUCAAAGCAAUCUUGGACUUCAGGAAAGAUCCGCUAAAUCCUACCGUGGCCAUGAUGCCGAGCGUCAUCUGGACAGACCUUGAGCUGUACGUUGGGAUUUUCACAGCCUGCAUACCGACACUUCGUCAAUUCUUUGUCCGAUUUAUAUUUCGACAGUCGGAGAAGAAGAAGCGCUUGAGCUCGGCUGCGGCUGAGUACAGAGGCUCGAUGCUCACUCCCAAAAUAGGCGGAUCGCAGCAGAUGAGCGAGCUUGACACUAUAGAUGACAGCUGCCACAAUAAUUCUCCAUGAAAAUACAACAUGAGAGGGUGGCUGUUGGCUAAGAUGGGG